CAAUUCCAAUUGCGUGGAGGAGGGAGAGAGGUGUAUUAUUUCAAUUCUUACUCUUUCUAGAAAUUGUUGUUAAAUUGGUGGCGGAAUCUUCUCCCUCCUUCACUCCCUCAGCCGUCGCAAUAUAUUUCAUUCCGCCCCAAUUCAACCAAUAUUUUUCCCCCAAAUCUUAAAUCAUUCCAACCUAUAUUUUCUUUUUCGAUUAUCAAUUCCUCCUCGACCUAAUAUUUUCAGCCGCAAAUUAAAGUUACAGAAAUCUAGCGAUUAACAAAAAGGUUGUGUUUUGGUCUUGGGUGGACAUUCAGUUUCUAUAAGACAUAAAGAUGGGGAGCUGCUUAGCUAAGUCUACUAGUGAUGGAGAUGAUUCUGAUCAUAAUGUCGAAUUUGCUGGUGGAAAUGUGCAACUCAUUACAACCAAGGAAAGUUGGGAGCAAAAGCUGGCAGAAGCAAAACGAGACGGAAAGAUCGUGGUUGCCAAUUUUAGCGCGGCAUGGUGUGGCCCUUGUAAAAUGAUUGCACCUUUCUAUGUUGAGCUGUCUGAGAAACACCCUUCACUAAUGUUUCUGACAGUCGACGUCGACGAACUUACUGAAUUCAGUACAACAUGGGAUAUUAAAGCAACCCCAACCUUCUUCUUCCUUAAAGACGGACAACAAGUUGACAAACUCGUUGGAGCCAACAAGCCAGAACUGCAGAAGAAGAUGAUUGCCAUACUAGAUUCGGAGAACCCAUGUGAGACAUAGUUUUACGGUUUUGAGCCAGACGGUGUUACUACUUGAUCUUUGCAUUUUACCUCCGUCUAUCUAUUAUAUGUGUACAAUUGUAAAGUUAAGUGACGUUAUUGCAUGGAUUUGUUUGUUCCAGAAACCUCGAGUGAAGCUCCUAAAUUCCUUAAACGAUGUAAUGUGUUGCAAAUUAAAGAUUUUCUGCUUGUGUUGAAGUCCAUAUUUGUCUUCCCUU